AAGAAAGAAAGAAAGUAAAAGGAAGAGUCCAUAAAAAAGAAAAAUCCUACAAACACACACCACAAAAAGCAAUCAGUGGAGAAGAUCUUCUCACAAAUCUAUCUUUCUUGGUGUCUGCCCACAUCCUUCCCUCUUUUAUUUCCCAAAGCCACUUCAAGCUAGAUUUUCUAUGUCUUGCUACGCAGUUUUUUCAUGUUAAAAAAUUCUUAUGUGUCCAUAAACAGUCUUACUGACGACGGGUUUUUAUUGGUGCUAUUAUUUUUUUACAGAUCUUGGAUCUAGGGUUUUGUAGGAUUUAGAGUUUUUUUUUUGUCAAAAUGGCCAGUCCAUUCCCCAUUCCAUUCACUGCUGCUCAGGUGGGUACGUAUUUUGUGGGGCAAUACUAUCGGGUACUACAGCAACAGCCUGAUUAUGUUCACCAUUUUUACAGUGAUGCAAGUACUAUGCUUCGUAUUGAUGGUAACACCAGAGACACCGCCACUGAUAUAAUGCAUAUACAUCAACUCAUUAUGUCUCUCAAUUUUACUGGAAUUGAAGUCAAGACCGCCCAUUCCCUAGAAUCUUGGAAUGGAGGUGUCCUUGUAAUGGUUUCUGGUUCAGUGCAAGUAAAAGAUUUCAGUGGGAGGAGGAAAUUUAUGCAAACCUUUUUCCUUGCACCUCAGGAGAAAGGUUUUUUUGUUCUUAAUGAUAUAUUCCACAUCAUUGAAGAGGAACCAAUUCAUCACCACCCAGCAGCCUUCUUAGCCCAGAGCAAUCUUGAUUCCAAACAUAAUGCUUCUGCAACAAUUCCAGAACCAGGAGCAAGCUAUUUAAUGAGUGGCGAAAUCCAGGCAAGAGAUUAUGUGGCUCCUGUAGCUGUCAAAGAAAAUGGUCUAUUUGAUAUUUAUGGUUUCCAUGAGCAGCGGGUGCAGCCACUAGCUGAGUCUGAAAAUAUUCUGGAGGACAACUCUGCUGAAGAGUUCAAUGGCUUACUUCAAAAUACAGUGAAUGCUGUACAAGAUCAUUUGCCAGCUUCUGUUGCUUCUGUCGAGGAACCUAUUGGAGAGACCCAAAAGCACACUUAUGCAUCUAUUUUAAGGGUUGCUAAGGGACAAUCUGCUUCUCAGCCUACUGCUAACAAGAAUGUACCACCGUAUUCUGAUUGGAAUCAUAUUUCUGAACCAACCAUUCAGCAAGUAGCUGUAUUGUCAAAUGUGUAUGAAAAGUCAGGAGCGGAAACAGGAGAGGUUUCGGCUGUUGAGGAUGAAGAGAUAAAGUCUGUUUAUGUGAGAAACUUGCCUCCAAAUGUGUCUGAAUCUGAAAUUGCGGAGGAAUUUAAGAAGUUUGGUGAACUCAGUUCUGAGGGUGUGGUAAUCCGGAGUCGCAAGGAUGUGGGUGUCUGCUAUGCGUUUGUUGAAUUUGAGGAUAUAUCUGGCGUUUACAAUGCAGUCAAGGUGGGAUCUGCACAAGUUGCUGGGCAACAGGUAUAUAUUGAAGAGCGGAGACCAAAUAGCAAUAUACCAUCGCGAGGAGGAAGGAGAGGGAGAGGCCGGGGAAGCUAUACGACAGAUGCCCCAAGGGGGCGUUUUGGCUCUCGAAGUUAUGGUCGGGGAGGUGGUUAUGAUGGGGUUGACCGAGAGUACAACAGACCGAGAGGAAAUGGUUUUUAUAGACCGGGUCCCCGCCAAGAAAGAGGAUUCUCAGGUCACCAAGUAUUAAGAAGUGGGCAGAAUUUAUCAGAGUAAACAUUCUAGAUUCAAUAACAAAGGAGAGAUUAAACGUUUUGGGUCCAGCAGUGCAUACAACCACCCUUUUUCAAUUCAGGAACCAUAUAGUGAUACAAAUCAGUUCAGUUGAGACAUAUAAAGUAAAUCCUGUUAGUCAUUAUCUGAUUGAUGGAACUACUUGAGUUUGAUUUAUUUAUUUAUUAAUUUAUGUCACUAUGUUCAAAUCUACAAUACAACCAUCUCUAAUGAGAGCCACUGGCAUAAACUUUCAUUGAAACAUAAUAUAAUUGCUAUUUAUUUUUCA